CGACGAUCAAAAACGAUUGUGUUUUUAAAGCUACAGCAAGUACAUUCAACGACACUAAAAUAUUAACAACAAUGAUUAGUCGUUUUAGUGUGAUUCUAUUGUGUCUUUCCGGCGUUUAUUGCGUAUCGUCCGUGUUUGACUACUAUUUGGAUUUGAACGGACUAAAACAAGCUUUUAACCGGCAAAUCGCCAUUGCCGAAUGGAACACGGCUAUGGACCAACAAAUAAUUUACCAAGAUGCCAAUGGCACUAACACCCGCGUUAUUAACGUUAAGACGGCUGUGGAAUAUUUUAUGCAAAACCCAGACAACAGCACUGCGGCGGAAUUGGAGUGGAUCCGCAACAUAAUCAAAACGGCUUAUGAAUGCACGUUAACGAGGUACGCAAGCUUAACAUCUUACUUGAUAUUCCAGGAGCUGUGGGAGCACAAGACCAACUUGCACUGGGCCAUAAAUCACACGGAUCUGAACUCUUCGAAUUUCGAUAUCCGAUCGGUGUAUAGAAAUGAAAAAUUUCAACAACUAUACGAUUCGAUAGAGUGGGACAAAAAUAUAUUGGACUUUGACAUCAAUUUAGAAACAGGCGGCGAACGAAUACGAGCAGUCCACCGAUUCCACACUAAGCCAAAGGAGGAACUGCACAAUUUAUGGGCAGGACUCAUCGGGAAGAAGCUCGGUUUAACAAUCAAGUACAAAAUCUAUACCGAAGUGAUGAAAACUAGGUUUGCCAACGAAUAUAACAUACCGUUUGUCGACGCUCUCAACGAACUCGUCUGUGUUCUCAACGAGGCCAUCCAGUUGUUCGACAGUUCCAUCGUAGACAAGUGUGUACCACACGACAGCAGCUUUGUGAACAACUUCGAAUCCCUAAAGACAGGCGUCUCCGGAGAUUUCAUGUGGCUUCUUGAGCAUUUUGAUGCCACGAAGGCCAGAGAGGCCAGCAAGGAUGGACAGCAUCUCAAAUACAAUCCAGAAGGUAAACUAUACUUGGAGGCCAGAGACACUAAUUCGGAAUUGUACAGAGACUUUUCAAAAUCCAUUCCGGGCAUACCGGCAGCUUAUCCCGAAAUAAGGGCUUCGGGUUGCUUCGUAGAGAAUUUGCAAUUCGAGAUUUCCGGUUUAAAAACGGAUUAUAAAAAUAGCAACGAACCAACGGACAUUUAUGGCCCUAUCAGCUAUGGACGCACAUCCGAACUUAAAAUGACACUUGUAGAAACUACCCGUCAUGCGAAAAAAAGAGAUGUUAAAAUAGGUAUGAUAAUGUUUCGCGAUAAAGAUAAAUCGUUCCAUGAUCAUACUCAAAGCAGCAAACAUACCAUUCUAGACGAGUUCAGAGAAACGUGUCAAAUAAAUUAACAAGACUCCAAAGACCUACACGAAGAAACUGGGAUCUCAUAUCAAAAACAUACAAUAACAAAUCUCAUAUAAUAGUAAUCGAAUAUAUAAUCAAAUGUUAAAAUUACAGAAAUUAUCGCACAAUAAAAUAUUAAUUAUGCAA